AACAUUAUCUAUCCCACGUCCCCGACCUCACACAUUUACUCGGGGUUUCUGGCUUGGGCUUAUUACAUUUCACCAUGUCCACCACAACAGCAGCCACCGACCUGGUGAGCAAGCUCCCCCUCCGUCUACGCAAUUUCUUCGCCCGCUAUCCUCCGCAAAUCUACUCCGCGGCCGUACGCCCUCCCGUCACUGAGCCCGAAACGCCAGCCCCUGCGGCCGAGGAAUCCCUUCCAUCGCCAUACACGCCCAACCGAGACGCAAAGGGCUUCAAAAAGCCCGACCCGAAAGCUUUCUCCCCGUCCAAAUCGAUCCUCUACUCCAACCCGGAACAUCCCAACCCUUUCCUGCCACGCAAGAACUUCCGCAAUGGCAAGUGGAUCGGCCCGCCCAUCGGGCUGAGGAGACAGGCGGAGCUGGUCAAGUUGGCUAUCAAGUAUAACGUGGAGGCGUUGCUGCCGCCUGGGCGCAAGUCGACCGAGUAUAAGGAGACGAGACGGGCGGAGCGCGGACUGGCGAUCAAGGGUACCGGUGUUGGACAGAAGGUCAAGGGUCACAAGUGGGAACGGACGAUGGAGGCUCGUUUGGAGGACAGGCGCAAGGCUAUGAUGGAGAUGCCGGAGAUGAUCCGGUUGUGGAAGCAGAGAGGUCAUGGUCGUGGCUGGAAGCAAUGGCCCAAGAGGUGAACGUAUAUAUGUCAAUAUCUUUGCUAUCGCACGGGAUUUCAUCAUGUCGCAUCUGUUUUAUCUGCCAAUCCUCGACUCACACAGCUUGGCUAAGAUUUCUAUAUGGAUCAUUGACGGGGUUUGGGAUGGGAGUUCUUGUUUGCAUAUGUACUGUACAAAUAGAUGUUCUAGCAAAAAUUGCACAAAGCGUUCCAUGUUUCAUAGUAUUACUCUGUAUGUAUACUGAACCCUUCAAAAUCAGACUCCAGAACUGGACAGC